CCAAAAUUCGCCAUUUCUUUUAUGGCAACAUUCAUGUUUUUGAACUUUUUGACAUCUUCAUUCAUAAACGUCAUUCUUUUUGUCUUGCUUGUUGUAGCCACCGGUGAAGUUGUGGUUAUACAAACAUGGGUAAGGGUAAUAAUAUGAUACCCAAUGGCCAUUUCCAUAAGGAUUGGCAAAGAUUUGUGAAGACAUGGUUUAAUCAACCUGCUAGAAGACACCGCAGAAAGCAGAACAGAAUCAAGAAAGCUAAGGCUAUAGCACCACGACCAGCCGCUGGACCCCUGCGCCCGGUUGUUCGUUGCCCCACUAUCCGCUAUCACACUAAGGUUCGCGCUGGUCGUGGUUUCACUCUGCGAGAGAUAAGGGCAGCUGGUCUUAACCCUGCAUUUGCUAGAACGGUUGGUAUUGCUGUGGACCCUCGCCGCCGCAACAAGUCUGUCGAAUCCCUGCAGACCAAUGUUCAGAGACUGAAGGAGUAUCGUGCCAGACUCAUUCUCUUCCCCAAGGGCAAGAAGGUCCUGAAGGGUGAAGCCAAUGAGGAAGAACGCAAAUUGGCCACACAGCUCCGUGGUCCACUCAUGCCUGUCCAGCAGCCAGCACCCAAAUCCAUUGCCCGUGCUAUCACUGAUGAAGAGAAAGACUUCAAGGCUUAUCAAUACCUCCGAGGAGCUCGUUCCAUUGCUAAGCUUGUUGGCAUCCGAGCAAAGAGAUUGAAAGAUGCUGCUGAAAACCCAGAUGAUGUCACUAAGGCACCCACAGCAGUGAAGGAGCCUAAGGCUAAGAAGUGAAUUGAAAUUAAUAUUUACAAAUAGA